AUGAAUACGGUUGAACAUCCAGUAUUGGAAUUUGUUCAACUCAUUAUUCAAUCAUCUAAAGUAGAUAGUGAAAUAGAAAUACAAAAGUACAUUGAUGGUACACCGAUCGAUGAUAUUAUUUCAUGGAUAUUGUAUCUACAAACUCAACAAGAAGAUGACACUGACACUACUGCAGAUGAUGUCAAUCUACGAUCAAACUCAAAUCGAUUCUUCCUACUACGUAUUGUACAACAAUCUAUAAACAAACCUUUACUUGUUAGAUUAUUAAAAUCAAAAGUUACAGAAUCAAUCAAACAAACCAAAACCAUCAAGAAUCUAGAUACUAUCAUUGAAGCAAUUCAAUUAGUAUCUGAUUUACUUUAUCCAAUUGGAGAAUGGAAUGAUUAUUUUAAAACAUUGAUUGAUUUGAUUCAAAACGAAAAUGACGAGCCAUCAAGAUAUGCAGGAAUGAGAUUAUUGGUUAAAGCAAAUAAAAGGUUUCAUAAUAAUAUCAAAUAUAAAUUAGAGUUGCUUAAAAUGGUUGCAGUGACUGGACUAAAAGACAACACUACGACGAGAAUUAGAUUCGCAUCAUUGGAUUUAUGUAUCAAAUUGUAUCCAAAGAAAUCAUCAAAACAUCAAAUAAUCGAUCAAGCCAUUCCAUUAAUCAUGCCAAUCAUCGGUCAAGCCUAUCAAGUAGGUGAGAUUGAAUUGGUUGAAAAGGGUCUACGAGUAUUAUUGCGCCUUUCAAAGAAAAAGUCAUAUACAAAACACUCUAUAAUCUUCAUCGACACUCUGCUACCAAUAAUAGUAGAUCAACCAGUAGCAGAAAGGUCAUUGGUUGAACCAAUCAAAGAAAUGUCAUACAAAUUGUUAAUGUCUGUUAAAUGGAAACACCAAAAACACCAACUCGAACCAUUCAUAUCAUCAAUCUUUUCAAAUGUUGUUGAUAGAGUUGAAGACAAUUGUCUAGACAAUUGGAACAAUUCAACAACAAAUGGACCAGACAUUGAUGAUGGUGCAAACGAAAUGAUUAGAAAAUUGGUAGAGAAUUUGGUAAAACCAGAUCUAUGGACUAGUACUCUAGAGGAAUGUAAAAAGCGAGUCAAUUCAGUAUGUUGGAGAGAUCGAUAUGCUGCAUUGAUAAUCAUUACGAAAAUGGUUCCAGAGUUGAAUGAAAUUUUUGAAGAGAAUGUUCAAAAAACUUUGGAAAUUGAAAAUCUUAUCAACAUAGAAGAAAGUUUUCCAACUAUUAUGGUUCAACAAUUAAUAUCUACCAUUGAAAUUGCUGUUCAAGAUUCAAAUGAUCGUGUAAAAUUAGCUUGUUGUCAAUUUGUUCAAUCAUUUUUAGUACAUUGUAAAGAGGAUGCAUUAAAAUCAAUGAAACCAAAUAAUUUAUUUAUUGCACUUGAACAUCUAUUGGAAUCACCACAUCCUAAUGUUGUAGAAUGUGCCCUAACUACAUUUACAAUUGCCCAAAGAAGAGAUAUUUCUUACAAUUUCUUUUCAAAAACAAUUAUUUUAAAGAUGAUUGAAAACUAUAAGUGUAAAUCACCUAUUGCACUUGGAGCAAUAAAAAUAUUUAUAGAAAAGAAUGGAAAACGAUUUUUAAAGCAAUUUAAAUCUUUAUUCCAAAAUGUCAGUGGUCAACGAGACAAUUUUAAUCUAUUAUCCGAAUAUAUCGAAAUAUGUGCAACGGCAUCGAAAAGUCUUGGAAAGGAUUAUUCCAUAUACCUAGCACCAACAAUGAAAAUCAUUUUGGAUAUACUCAAUCAAGAUAUUGAACCAACUGGUGAUUAUAAAAAGGAUGAAGCUCACAAGAGAUUUAGAGUUGAUGCAUUGAAAACUCUCAAACCCUUUUUAAAAUCUUGCAAAUCUAUCAUUUCUCCAUAUCUCGAAUCAUUGGUCGAUGCUUGUACAAGAUCAUUUUCAGUUUCUGGUCAAGACUAUAUUAGUUUUGGGGCUACCAAAUUACUACUCGGCAUUUGCAUCGAAAAAUAUAAUGUCAAUAGUCAACAAACCAAAACCCUAUACUCUAGAAUAGUGAAUAGUAUCUUGGAGUCUUGUAGUCUGAGUGGGACACCUAUCAAGUAUCCAAAGCAAAGGUUGGUCAUUGCUUGUCAAUUGACAGAAAUGAUGGAUGACCAUUUCAUGACAUUUGAACAGAUUCAAGAUUCCAUUUCAAAAGUUUGGAUUGUUAAAAAGAGAUUUUUUGGUCUUUUGGAUGGAGAAGAGGAUGAAAUUGUUGGCCAAAUCACUUCUGAUAAUACACUACCAGAAUUAAUUGCAACUCUCUAUAAAUUGGUUGGUCAAAUUGUCAAAAAAAAUCAAGACAUUGCAAUCAAUGUAAUUGUGAAGCGAGAUAUUGUACAAGACACUCUACAAGUAUUGGUUGAUAGAUCAGAAAAUGAAACGCUACAUAUAUCAAUACUACAAAUGUUUGCAGAUAUUUGUGAAUAUGGUGGUCAACCAAGUAUUGUAUUGUUGUAUCCUCUAAUCAUUCCAGUCAUGAUUGAUCAUCUUUCAAGUGAAAAUGUAGAGAUUGCACAUUUAGCAGCAGUUGGUUUGGGUGUGGCUGCUGUCAACAGCAAGGAGCAAUUUGCACCCUAUGUAUUCAAUGUAUUGAUGCAACUCAAUGAUCUCAUUUCUUGUAAUGAAAAUAGAAAGAAAAAGAACAAAGUUCCAGCAACUGAAAGUGCCAUAUCAGCAAUUGGUAAAUUGAUUAGACAUGUCCCUCAAUUGGCUCCACAAGUCGGACAAAUCAUUCCAGAUUGGCUAGAGAGACUACCCGUAAAAAAACACAAAGAAAAUGUACAAUGUCUCGAAAACUUGUACCACAUCAUGCAAUUAUAUCCAAACGAGUGUCUUGGUGGAAAUCAAAUGACAAAUGUUGAUCGAAUCAAACAUAUUGUAUGCAAAUACACAACAGACACCGAAUUACAAACAAGAGCCAAACAAAUGUACAAAGAUCUCAAACAAAACUACUCUAAAUUGGUUACCUACAAUAGAGGUCAACAAGCAUGUGAUAAUAUUCAAUCAUUAUUAUCUAUUUUGAUUAAAGAGACUGAAGAGGAUAAUCAAAAAGAUUGA